AUGGCGGAGACACAAAAGUUUGAAAAGGUGCAGCCUGGAGGAUCACUGAUUGUGGCGUGGCAGGCAAGGGGCAAGCGAUGUCUGGUUGUUGGAGGCGGAGAAGUGGCCUCUGGACGGGUGUUGGCUCUGCUCAAUGCUGACGCGGAAGUCGUCGUGGUGUCGCCUGCUAUCACAAACGCCGAGCUCGAGAACCGACGUGAGCUCAAGGAGUUUAUCUGGAUCAAGGCUCCGUACAACGAUGACCAUCUGACUGCCGAGGACAACUACAACCUUGUUCUGUCGUGUCUGGACGAUCCCGAGGUUUCAGACCAGGUGUGGAGACGAGCCGUCAGCCUCAAGAUCCCCGUAAAUGUGGCUGAUGUGCCGGCCAAGUGCGACUUUUACUUUGGCUCCAUCUACCGAGAUGGCCCUUUGCAGAUUAUGAUCUCCACAAACGGAAAGGCCCCUGGACUGGCUCGAAAGAUCCGAAAGGAGAUCACAAACAUUUUCGAGGACAAGGAGGCUGAAGAGGGUGAGGGAGAGUCUGACAGUAUGAUCACAAAGGCCAUUGACAACGUUGGAAAGAUCCGACAAGCUGUCCGAAACGUGGUCAAGUGUGACAUCAAAGCUCGAAUGGCCUUUGUCAGUGGCAUCUGCGAGAAGUGGUCCUUCAAGCAGAUUUCUCUGCUCAACGAUGACUCCAUUGCCGACCUCAUUGCACAUUUCCCCGAUAUCCCCAAGUACGAGGAUCUGGACAGCCAAACCGCGGAGGUACCUAUCCACACUCUGAAACUUGCAUAG